UUCCGAUAGCAGACAAAAGACGCGAUGAUCACGUAUUCCGAUAGCCACGCCUUUUUAUUCAGCAGCGAAGCGGGGUCAGCCGAGCGCGCUCCGGUUGUCGACAGCCCCCGCAACAUCGCGCGAUAAUUGCAGAAUCCUCGUCAGUUAUCAGUGAAUCGCUACGCGAGUCAGAGCCUCAAAAUUGUGUAAUUACGAUUAACAAUGUUUAAUAGCGCUCUCUAAUUAACUCAGAUAUGAGUAAUUAGCAGCUGGAGUUCACUCUUGUUGAUAACAAUUAACGCGAGGGGGAUGUGUUCGCGGAAAUUUUUAUUAUUUAGUGCCCAAUGUGGUGAGGUGUUACCGCGAAGAAUAACAGAGUCGAGCUUUGUACGCAGAAUACAUUCUGUUUUCAGUGAUCGAAGGGUAAAGGGUGACAGUCGUGCCGAGGACACCGGCAGAGCAACUCAUACCGGAAGUAAAAGUCAAGUGAGGGAUAUGUCAAGUCUUGAGAGGGAUAGAUUGGGCCAGCCCGGCCCAGGGGAUGCCAUCACCCCUAACCUCGUCCGGGGACUCGAUCACAUCCGGAAUCCACAGCUGAAUAAGGGAAUGGCCUUCACUAUUGAGGAGAGACAGACUCUGGGGAUUCAUGGACUCCUUCCGGCUGCGGUGAAGACUCAGGAAGAACAGCUGGAACUUUGCCGACUUAAUCUGGACAGAUACACCGAUGAUCUGUCGAAAUAUAUUUAUCUCACCGGCCUAUUAGACAGAAACGAGCGACUGUUCUAUCGCCUCCUGGGCGAGAAUGUUGAGAAGAUGAUGCCCCUGGUGUACACCCCAACAGUGGGCCUCGCCUGUCAGAAAUUCGGGCUGAUCUACAGAAGACCCCGAGGUCUCUUCAUCAGCGUCCACGACAAGGGGCACGUAUACGAGGUAGUGAAGAAUUGGCCAGAGCACGAUGUCCGAGCUGUCGUGGUGACCGAUGGCGAGAGAAUUCUGGGUCUCGGUGACCUCGGUGCCCACGGUAUGGGCAUUCCCAUCGGCAAAUUAUCCCUGUACACAGCACUCGCUGGUAUCAAACCCCACCAGUGUCUUCCCAUCACCCUGGACGUUGGGACCAACAAUCAGACCUUCCUGGAGGACCCCCUCUACAUCGGGCACAAGCACAGACGUGUCACUGGGCAGGAGUACGACGAGUUCCUGGACGAGUUCAUGCGGGCGAUCGUCAUGCGUUAUGGACAGAACACGUUGAUACAGUUCGAGGACUUUGGGAACUCCAAUGCCUUCAGGCUCCUCCAGAAAUACAGGGAUGGGUACUGCACGUUCAAUGAUGAUAUCCAGGGGACUGCGUCCGUCGCUGUCGCUGGACUAAAGGCUUCCCUCAGGGUUACCAAUACCAAACUGUCGGAUAAUACUAUUGUGUUCCAAGGGGCUGGAGAGGCUGCCCUGGGGAUCGCAGGCCUCUGCGUAAUGGCAAUGAUGAAAGAGGGAGUGUCCGAGCAAGAGGCGACCAACAAGAUCUGGAUGGUGGACUCAAAAGGGCUGAUAGUGAAGAACCGUCCGUCUGGGGGUGUGACAGAGCAUAAGGCUCGCUUCGCCCGGGACCAGGAGCCCAUCGACACUCUGGCGCAGGUGGUGAAAGGGGCGAGACCCACAGUACUGAUAGGAGCCGCCGCCAUCGGCGGAGCAUUCACCAAGGAGAUCCUCGAGGACAUGGGGGACUUCAACGAGAGGCCCAUCAUCUUCGCCCUCAGCAACCCAACGAGCAAGGCCGAGUGCACCGCCGAGGAGGCCUACACCGCCACCAAAGGACGCGCCAUAUUCGCCAGUGGAUCGCCCUUCGAUCCAGUCACCGUCAACGGGAAGACUUAUCACCCUGGACAGGGCAACAACAGCUACAUCUUCCCGGGGAUUGCUCUGGGGGUCAUCUGCGCUGGCAUGAAAACCAUUCCCGAGGAGACUUUCCUCAUUGCGGCGAAUGCCCUCGCGGACAUUGUCACCGAUGCUGAUUUGGACUCGGGAAAUCUUUAUCCACCACUCCAGGAUAUCCAGAAGUGUUCCACUAAAAUUGCGGUCGAGGUCAUGGCUUAUGCGUACAGAGAAUCUUUAGCGACUGUCCACCCAGAACCAGCAAACUACGAAGACUUCAUAAAAGCACAACUUUAUGACACGACUUACAAAACAGCCCUGCCAGUCACCUACUCAUGGCCCAAACUCUGAGUACAAUUUUUUCCAACUCACUCACGAUGAACGCCUCUUGGUUCCCCGAGACUCAUCAAACUCCCCGAGUUUUUGUGAUUUUUUAUUGAAUAAUGGAGUAUUUAAACAUGAUAACGAAAGUAUGAGGAUAAGUUUAAGGAAAUUCUAGAUGGUGAUACACUUAUUUAUGUUGUACAAAAUGGAAUAAAUAUAUCAACUAUUUGUUGAAGAGAGCAUUA